AGAGCCGGAUGUGCCAAGAUGGCGGCGGCGGAGGGGGCCGGUGCGGUGGCCGUGAGGGGAGGCGGUGCCCGCUGCUGAGGGGACUCUGUCUGUGUGAGAAGCUGCCAGAACAGAAGAAAGAAUCUCUCUGUGGCAUCCACUGCUAGCUUGUCAUCUAGCAUCUGACCCUCGGGGAAGGCCAUCAUGCAGCAGCCUCCACAGGCUGUUCCCGCGGGAGCAGCAGCCCCACCUCCUGCCGGCGUUGCUCGGAACAUGUACUGGAGGAACAGCUCGCUGGGCAAGCGAGCAAACGCAGCAGCGGCAGCCCCGGUGCAGCCUGUCACAGACCCUUUUGCCUUCGGCAGACAAACCCCCCAGGGUCCCCCUUUAGAUAAUCCAUCCAAGGGCAAUGCACUGCUGAUGCAAAGCCCUCCCCCAGCCAUGUUUCCACAGAGUUCACCAUCCUGUGCAGCAGACAAUCCUCAUGGACUGCAUCCGUAUCUAUCAGCUCCUCUAUCUCAGCCAGGAACGAACAGCAGUACCUUUUCUAACGUUCCGGUUCCCUCGCCGUCCCCUGGGUAUGUUAUCAAUAGUACUGCAGAAGUGCAUCCAAAUGCAGAUCCUGGACUACUUGGGCAUUAUAAUACAGGAGCAGCAGCUGAAAAUUCUUUCAGUGUGCAUCCUGGAAUGGUGCCUGCAUCAAACAAACCUGGAGGUAGGCAAGACAUUAAUAGAGAUCCAAAUGACGUUCCUCCAGGACCCAAUGCAGCAGCACUCUUCCCUCCACCUCCUCAGCAGCCUGUGUCUCAGUGGAGGCCUGUUCAAGGCAACCUGCAGUCUCCAGUCCGGAAUUUUGUGCCCUAUCCUGAGCCUUCUUCUCAGAUUGAUGUUCAUAACAUUUCUCAGUCUUCUGUUAGUGCUUCUCAUCCUCCUCCACAGAUGAAUUUGCAGCAAGGCCCUGUACACCAAGGUAUUCCACAGAACACCAUGCAAGCGCCUUUACCUGGUUGUGAAAAGAACGGGAAAAGUGGCUCUGUGAACAGCAGUCACCACAUGAACAGUGUCCAGCCUGGCAGUGUGUUUAGGCAGAGCACAGGAAUGCCCACCACGUGGCCAAGUCAACCAUACCAGGAGCAGUUCUACCCACAGCCACCUCUCCAAGACCCCAGUUUUGUCAUUCCUGCACCUCAGGAGAACAAGCCCCAAACCCAGCCUCCAGAUGUGUCUGAAACAUCAAACAGACCUUAUCCCACAGAUUCAGGAACUCUCUCCAUGUUUUUCAAAGGGGAUGAGGCGGAAAAUGAAGAAAUCCUUUCAUCUGACAAAGAUUACAUGGUGGAGAAAGCCGAGCUUGAUGCUUCUCAGCCCAAUUCAGCAUCCUUGUACGGUCAGACAGCGCAUCCCCAGCGGGUAGCGACCAACGUGCUCUCUCAAGGGCAGCUGGGUGCAGGUUCAGGCAGUGAGAUGGGACAAAAAGGAAUGGAUGUCCAGUACUUCCCCAAACUUGUAAGCCAGCAGGAGAUGCAGGCUUCUAAGCACUCUCUGUUUAGUAGUGAUGACAAGGCACGUGCAAGUGACCUGUCUGGGAACGGAGGGUCGCAGUAUGAAAACGUGGAGAACCUGGAGUGCAUUCAGAAUCAGGAGGUGUUGCCAAGUGAACCACAGAACAUCAGUGCUUCAUCCCCUGCUGCAGGCCCUGAUCUGUAUCGAUACGGAUCCUUUCCAGGUCAGAUGCUUCCAAAGAAUGCUGUUGUGAGCCAUGCUGAAGGAGGACCAAAUCUGGAGGCACCUGAUCCAUUACCUCAUCCUGUCCGACCAGACAGUGUAUCUUCAAACUAUAGCAACCUUAGCCAUAGGAGUGCUUCUAGCUCAGCAAGACCUCAAGAGCAGGUUGGUACCUUUAUUCAGCAAGAAAGUGGGAAGCCUGAUGAGGAAUCUUCUGCCAGCUUCUUCAAACAGAUUGACUCCUCUCCUUUGGGAGGUGACUCAAGUGAGCUAAACCUGAGCAAGAACUACCAUGCUAAUCUCUCCCAGCCUCCCACUCCAAGUCCUCCUAAGCCUACAGGAGUGUUCCAGACAAGUGCAAAUAGUUCUUUUGAACCUGUGAGGUCCCAUGGAGUUGGUAUAAAACCUGCAGAGAUUGACCAAGCAAAGAUGGUGGUUGAAUUAAGAGAGAACCACUCAAACCAAAAGAAUAUCAAGAAGAAUACAGCUGUGCUGGCUGCCUCCCCAGGUAAUCUUGAACAGCCACCAGAUAAUCUGGAAACUAUUUUCAUGCCUCAGGUACACCCACUGCCUCUUGCAGCCACUGGGGAAGCUGGAAAUGUGUUGCACUCUGGACCUGUUGUGGAAAACAUACAAUCAGUAUCUGAGAGAAGGUCCUCAACAAGAGCUCAGGGAGCAGUUAAGAAGUGUGACAGCCCAGCAACAACUUUGUGGGCUCAUAAUGAGUUACCUAAUUUUGGGGGAAAUGUUCUUCUAGCUCCUGCUGCUCCUGCAGUGUAUGUACCUGCCAAACAGACUGUAGAAGUCAUUCAGCCACCAGAGGAAGGCCUGUCUAAUCAGCAGCCAAGUAAACCAGGGACUAUUGCUGUGCACCUUUCCCAGGUUGGAAAUAUAUCUUCUGAAAAUCUUGAGAAUCCUCCCAAAAUGGGAGAAGAGGAGGCCCUCCAGUCUCAGGCAAGUUCUGGUUAUGCAAGUUUGUUGUCUUCUCCACCUACAGAGUCUUUGCAAAAUCAGCCUAUCCUGAUUGCUCAGCCUAAUCAAAGCUAUAACUUGGCUCAGCCAAUUAAUUUUUCCCUUUCUCUAUCUAAUCAGCUAAGCAGCAAUGAAAACAAUCAGCCCGUGAAGGACUCUGGGGUUGGGGACAAGCCUGCAACGGGUCCCCAGGCUUCACACGCCGGUGGGAUUGUUUCUGGGGAGAACAUGCCAUUACCUGUGAUGCAAGUUGGAUCUCUGUUAGUCAAUGCACUUCCAAACACUAAUCUGUUAAAAAAUAAUUUGUUACAAAGCCCUGUUAAUUCCUCUGAUCCUGCCUCUAAUCAGCCUGCAAACCUGCUUAUGAAAACUCCGCUUAGUUUGGCUGCAGAAGGGCAAAAGAAUGUUCAUGUGGAAGGUUUUGUUCCUGAAUUUGCUGGCAAGCCAGGGUCUAACUCAUCUGUUUCUUCUGGGACCAAUCUCCCCAGUGGAAGUGCACUGGUCCCCCCUGGUAACUCUGUAGUGCAGGCUGCUAAUUCUGCACACCAUCCAAAUAGCAACGAGGAAGCUGCUGGAGCGCUUGAUUUCACACUCUCACGGACGUUGGAGAAAAACAGUGCAAGUAAUUCUGUCCAGGUGCAUAACCAGUCACUUGCUGGAGGUCCAGUGUAUCCUCAACAGCCUGCUGGUAGUGCUGGUCAGGUGGGUCCCGAGAUGCAUGACCAACAACAUUUCUAUCAACAGGUGACAAAAGAUGUACAGCACCAGGCUGUGUCAGACAGAGCUGUACCGGGAGCGUUGCCAUCCCAACCACAAAUGCAAGCAGCUCAAAUUCAGCAGCCAACAUCUGGGCAGUCCUCAGUUCCUUCAAAAAACCAAACUAAAGCCCUGCCAGCAUCCCAGCAGCAUGAGAACCAGGUGCUGAGUAACCAUCCUCAAGCUGCUAGUCCCCAGGAGGCCAGCUCAGCACAGCCCGCAGCAAGGUACGAUGAGACGAGUCCUGAUAAGCAGCCGGCACCUGGGCAGCCAGCAGGUGCUCCAGCUUCCACAGCCCCUUCUACCACCACUGGUCAGGCAGCCAUGCCAAGUGUGCAGCAAGACCUGCGGCGUCCAUCCCUGCCUCAGACUCCUCAGGAAGCCUUUGGGCCGCCCCAGAACCCUUAUGGCUACUACAGAGAUCCGUAUGAUGCUUACCAGCCUCCGUACCCACCGCCUUACCCUGCAGACCCCAGAGCAGCAGCUCUUUAUUACAUGGAUAGCUAUGGACAGUAUGACCCACGGUACAGACACUAUGACAGCACCAACGCUGCCUACAUGGAGCCUGGGAGCUAUCGGUAUCCUGAGCCUGAGCGGCCUAGCUCCAGAGCCAGCCACUGCUCUGACAGGCCCUCUUCUAGGCAAGGAUAUCCUGAUGAAUAUUAUGGAAAAAGUGGAUGGAGUGAUUAUUAUCCAGGCUAUUACCCAAACUCAUAUGAUUAUGGAGACCCAAGGCACUGGGAGCGUUACUCAGCAUAUGACCCCAGGUACAGAGAUCCUAGGUAUCAGAGCUACUGGUAUGAUGCUGAACACAACCCUUACCAGAAGAGAGAAGCAUAUCCAUAUGGCAACAGGCAUGACCGAUAUGAAGAUAACUGGAGAUACGAUCCUCGUUUUGCUGGGAGCUUUGAUGAUGAGUCUGAGCCCCACAGGGAUCCUUAUGGAGAUGAGUUUGACAGGCGCAGUGUCCACAGCGAGCAUUCCGGUCACAGCCUCCGUAGCUCCCGCAGCAUUCACAGUCGCCAGAGCAGCUUCAGCUCUCGCUCUCAGCAGAGCCAGCUGUACAGAAGCAAUCAUGAUCUAACAGCUAAUACCUAUGAAACUACUGCACAGGCAGUGUCGCUCCACGGGGAUUAUCCAUAUGGAGGAUAUGCUCCUAACUUUGAUGGACAGCAGCCUUAUGCAGAUUAUGGCUACCCGACUGAAACUGGAUGGUCAGCUGUAGAGCAAGCACCUCUAAGGCCCUCAACGCCUGAGAAAUAUUCAGUGCCUCAUAUCUGUGCCAGGUUUGGUCCUGGGGGCUUCUUAAUUAAAGUGCUACCAAACCUGCCUUCAGAAGGACAGCCAGCUCUGGUUGAAAUACACAGUAUGGAGACUAUGUUACAACACUCUCCAGAGCAAGAAGAGAUGAGAGCAUUUCCUGGUCCUCUUGCCAAGGAUGACACCCAUAAAGUGGAUGUUAUUAAUUUUGCACAAAACAAAGCUACACAGUGCUUUAAGAAUGAAAAUCUGAUUGACAAAGAAUCUGCAAGUCUGCUUUGGGACUUUAUUGUCUUGCUGUGCAGGCAGAAUGGGACUGUUGUGGGAACAGACCUGGCUGAACUUUUGCUCCGAGAUCAUAAAACAGUGUGGCUUCCUGGGAAGUCUCCUAACGAGGCAAAUUUGAUUGAUUUCACUAAUGAGGCUUUGGAACAAGUUGAAGAGGAAUCUGGUGAAGCCCAGCUCUCCUUUCUCACUGACAGUCUUAUAACCACAAUUGACAGCCUGGAGAAAGAGACAGAGAGAUUCAGGGAGCUGCUGCUUUAUGGACGCAAGAAGGAUGCCUUGGAGUCUGCCAUGAAGCAUGGUUUGUGGGGUCACGCUCUGCUGCUUGCCAGCAAAAUGGACAGCAGAACACAUGCAAGAGUUAUGACCAGAUUUGCCAACAGUCUCCCAAUUAAUGACCCUCUGCAGACUGUUUACCAGCUCAUGUCUGGAAGGAUGCCAGCUGCAUCCACGUGCUGUGGAGAUGAGAAAUGGGGAGACUGGAGGCCUCAUCUAGCAAUGGUGUUAUCCAACUUGACCAAUAAUGUGGACUUGGAAUCCAGGACCAUUGCUACCAUGGGAGACACUCUUGCUUCUAAAGGCCUGCUGGAUGCUGCUCAUUUCUGUUACCUUAUGGCCCAAGUUGGUUUUGGAGUGUACACAAGGAAGACAACAAAGCUUGUCCUAAUUGGAUCAAAUCACAGCUUGCCAUUUUUCAAGUUUGCCACCAAUGAAGCCAUCCAGAGAACAGAAGCCUAUGAAUAUGCCCAGUCACUGGGAACUCAGCCUGGCUGCUUGCCCAAUUUCCAGGUUUUCAAGUUCAUCUAUGCUUGCCGGCUGGCUGAAAUGGGACUUGCUGCUCAGGCUUUCCAUUACUGUGAGGUGAUUUCCAGAACUGUCCUGAAAGACCCACAUUACUAUUCACCUGUGCUUAUAGGCCAGCUAAUCCAGAUGUCAUCCCAGCUGCGCCUCUUUGACCCGCAGAUAAAAGAGAAACCAGAGCAGGAAUCUCUGAUUGAGCCUUCGUGGUUAGUGAGGCUUCGCCAUGUGGAUGGACAGAUCAAGGAGGGUACAAUAGCUUAUAACACAGACAGAUCCACCCCAACACCAUAUGCAUGUAGUACACCAAGCUCUGAACUGGACCAUGGCAGCCAAUGUGACGGAGCGGGAGCUGGUCGUGACAUGGCUCCAGGUGCUGAAAAUGCAUUGCUAGCAUCCAUAUUGCCCAGCAUGGCUCAACAGAUGCAAGGUGUGCAGCUGAUGCCUUCAGUAUCUCAGGCUGUCCUUGAUGGAUCAGCUGCUAUGAUUCCUCCUGGUGACCAGGAAGCUGUCCGAAGUGUCCCUUUCUACCCUGUGGCUCCUCAACCUAUCGGUCCAGGACCUGGCUUUACACCUCCAGGAUUUUCAAAUACCUAUGGUGCUGAACCACCACCACUGUAUUUAGGAUCAGCACUGCCACCAGGAGGGCCACCACAAGAAACUGAGCCACGGUCAGAAGAUCAGCCAAACAUGGAAACAGGAAUGCAGAGGAUGGCCCUGGAGUCUCCAUCACAAGGCUCUUUCCCUGAGCAGCGAGAGGAGGAUUUCUAUGGCAGGAUGGCUAGCAUGGCACCAGGACGAAGAUCCAGAUCUGCAUCUCAGUCUUCAGCACCUAUGGGCUAUGGGCAAAGGUCCAGGACAACUUCAGAGUCCUCUGCUCAUUCUGUGGGACGGGAGAGAUCCAACUCUGCAGCAAAGCAGCCCUCUCCUCCUCCCUCUGUUCCUGCAGGGAAAGAGAAUAAAAAAGAAGCUAAAAAGGAAGCAGCACCUAGGAAGACUGGUGCAAACUGGCUUCGCUGGUUGAUGGGGAAGAAGAAUGAAGCUCACCUUCCAGAUGACAAGAACAAAUCAAUUGUUUGGGAUGAACAGAAGCAACGCUGGGUUAACCUGGAUGAACCAGAAGAAGAGAGUAAGCCUCCACCACCACCUCCAACAGGAUUUCCCAAAGUUCCUCAGACUGCUCCACCUGGACCUGGAGGUGGACCUGGAGGUGGACCAGGAGGCCCACCUGGUGCCCCUGUCAACAUCUUCUCUAGAAGAGCAGCUGGAAGCAGAGCCCGUUACGUGGAUGUCCUGAAUCCAGGUGGAACCAAGUCAAGUGGUGCUCUCCCUGCACCGACAGACCUGUUUGCCCCCUUGGCACCAAUGCCAGUUCCUGCAAAUGUGUUUGUUCCAAACUCAGUUCCAGGGGAAUCCCAGCCACUGGAAGGCAGUGGUGCAGCAGAGCACACACCAGCUGCAAAUCAACCCAACACAGACCCUGCUGCAGCUGUUGAACCAGAGUAUUUAAACCCUGCAAUCCUUCCUCCUGGAUCUGGCCUUCCCGUGGCUAACCCCGAUGGCUCCCAGUCAGGCGAGCUUUCGCGCUCUAGUUCAAUGAGUUCAUUAUCACGUGAAGUCAGCCAGCAUUUUAAUCAGCCUGCCGCUGUGCCACCCUCGGGGGGACCUGCAGCAGGAGCAGUACCGUUCUACAAUCCCUCGCAAUUUGCACAAUCUCCUGCAGUCACUGGAAGUUCAAGAUUGGGAAGAAUUGGACAGAGGAAGUACCCUACAUUGAAGUAGAAUGCAAGGACUUUGUACUUGGAAUUCUGAGGAUACAAAGAGCUGUUCAAUCUUACAGGAUGUGGUAUCAGUACUGCAGUUGACAUAACAGAAAUUUAAUGAUGGGUGAUUUAUUUUGUUUUCCCAUGGGUCUCCCUGCCUGCACCUCAUCUACUCAAAUCAUUACCAAACAUGAAAUCUAGGUAAUUUUUCCUGUUUAAAAAAGCCCUGGCUAGCAAUAGCUCUGCUGUGGUAAAGCAUAGAUGGGAGGGAGGAGAUAGUUGCUGUCUGUUACAAGAACUCUGUGUAAAUUGCAUUGGCAAUUUAUUCCUGAUGUUUAUUUUAAACCUUUUAGGGAGACCUUGAAAGAGACAGUUUCAGGGGAUUUCUAAAGGCUGCUCCCCUCCCAGUGGGGGCAGGGGAAAAAAAACAACAAGUCCACAUUGUAACAUAACACUCUGUGGCCUUAAGAGGACCAUGCACAAUUGUGAUGCUUAGCAAGCAGGACUGGAAUGAGAGAUGUUCCUCUGGGAGAUGGCCUGGCGUUGGUUUGCUCCCUGAAGGGGAGGGAGGGAGCCACAGCUCAUCCAAAUAAAUUGACCUAUAUCAAAUGAAAACUGUGACUGUAAUCUAAUACUAACUUGAUUGGAUCUUUCCUAGUCUGUAUGUAGUUUGUGGUUUAGACUACUUGUAAAGCAAACUGUAUAGUCUGGCAGAAGCUCCUGUAUCAUAGCCAAUGCUGUACUAUUUGAUGAGUGAGUGUUCUUUUAAGUGCAAUACGGUUCCUUGCUUUCUCUCAAACUGCUGGCACUGUACAGCUAAGGUGAUAACAGCUUGGAAGUUGUUCUCUUUUGUUUUCCUUCCUGUUGAGUGCCAGAAUCAGCAUAAUGCUCUCUCUUCUUGAAUUUCCAUUGCUGAAAUAACCAAGGUCUUAAGUAGCUAACAGCUGAAUUUCAGACAUGCUAAAAGUAGACAGAUUUAGACCUCUCCCGACGGACUUCAAAGAAAAAGAUCUCUUUAGGCUUAACGUAGGAAAUGUUGAAAACCAUGCUGAGCAGCGUUGCCUGUUCACUGAAGGAUCUGAAUUACCUGCAAAGAGAGAGAGAGAGAGAGAGAGAAAUAAACCUUUUAAAAAUAAUUUAUUGAAUCAUUAGGCCAGGUUUUAUUUAGAACUUGCCACCAAAACUCUCUUGAUUUGUUGUUUGUUCUUU